UUUUUUUCCCUUAUUUUUUGUGACAAAAUUAGUUUCUUUCUCUGUAUGAUAAAAUGAUUGUCCUUUUUCAAAAUUUAUUGCUCACAAUUAUUAUUCUCUUAUUUCACACACUGAUUUGAAUGAUUGGGUUUCCCACGCCAAGCACACAACACAAUUCCCCUUUGCUGAUUCUUAUUCAAUGCCAUGUUACAUCCACAUGAUUUCUCAUUAGGGGUCUAACAAAGUCAUUUUCACUUACAUAGGUACAUCCCAAAAUUCUAUUUUUUUUAAAAAAAAAAAUAAUCAAGAGUCUGACCAUUUACAAUCUUAUCCAUCAGAGUCUUCUUAUCUGAGAUUCCAACCUGUAACCCUCCGUACCCUAUCCAGGUACCUUUCCUUCAGAAUCAGAGCCUUCUCACUUGAGAUUCGAACUCGUGACCCUCUGUAACAUAUCCAGAUGUCUUACCGUUAUGACAUCGGAUUCGACCAGGUCGUAUCAAUUUGAGAAAGAAAGUCAAAUCAAAUGAUCCCUUCCUCCACAUCCAAGUCUUUUCUGACCUGUUCUUCCAUGAAAUCUCAUGGUUAGCAGUGGCCUAAGCAUGACCACCUCAUGGUUUCUUAAAAUGGUUUUCUAUUUCUUACCUUUUCUUGGUCUCAAAGCUUUGUGUCUAUAUAUGAGGCCCCAGUAAUUCUCACCCUUUUCCUAUUUUGGAUCUUCUACAUUGACCAACAUACCCUUUUUGUAUUGUAUAUCAUUGGUCUUGUGCAUUAGGUGACUUUUCCUGCUUCUUCCCUUGUAUCUUCUUGCACUUAGAAGACCACAUUUAUUAUAAUGUGUAAUCAGUUUACUUCUUACUAUACUCUUGAGUUGUUGUUCUUUACCUUUGUGGACCAAAGAAAGAAAGGAGGCCAAUGGAGGGAAAGGAAUGGGAGGGCUGCGUCUGUCGGAUGAGGAAGUGUGUUUCGGAGCUUCUGUCGAUGGAGGAGGAUUUGAUCGACGAUGACGACGAGGAGAGCGAGGAUUCGUGGGAUAUCAUCGGAAGAGACCUUCGACUCAAGGCCGCGUUCUUGUAUUGUGAUCUCAGCAGGGUGAUCGCGAGUGCGAGAGACGAGCACAAGAUGGCUCUCACUGAUCUUGGCAACAAGCUCUUCCACUUCAUGGAAGAGCUGGACCACGCGGUGAAGAGUCGAAGCGUAUCUCUGACGCAGAUCUGCUACAGCGACACAACUCGUGCUCUGAAAGAAUUGGUGUCUGCUCUCCAAUCUUCUUAUUAGCUUGGUUGUUUCAGUAUUAGUCACACAUGCAUUGCAAUUAGAUGGAAGAAGAAGAAGAAGAAGAAGAAGAAGAAGAAGAGAAAAGAGCAAAAUGGGCAGUUAGCUUUAUGAUUUUUUUGAAAGGAAAGCUGUGUUGAUACUUGAGAGGAAUGAGCAGCAGCACAUGGAAGAUGUAAAUAUUAGCUUACAAGGGCCUAAACUUGAAAGAAAAGAUGGAAAUUUUGUGAAGUGCUUAUGGUUCACAAUAU